ACAAUAUCAACAAAACAAUAAAGCAUAGUUCACCGAAUUAUUAGCACUUUUCAAUAGCUUAUAGUUAAGGCAUUUGAUGCUAUCCACAUAACGAACUACUAUUGCGGAAAUAACUACGAAAUGUGUUGGAAUAAAAAAUGAAAUAUUAUUGAGCAACAAUGUUCAAAUACUUAAGGAGCUUAGAGAAUCAUUGUCUUUUUGGCCCGCGAGUUAUGCUCACAAAAAUACAAAAAAAAGAAACAAAAAUAAAAUAGAAAAAACAGUGAAAUAAGAAAAAAGCCAAAAAAAAAAACAAAAGAAAACAAUAGUACGAACACAAUGACUAAUGAGAAUGCUCUUACUAACGCAAUCGUUACUCGGUGCAAUCAAAAAUUCCUGAGAGAUAGCGUCGGCGGUUAGGAGGGUCUCUCGAUUCUCGAUAAAAGACGCGCGCAGCUUCUUUCUCUUCAACUGGCGAGUGCGUGUGCACUGAGCAUCGCACGUGGUGAAGGGGCUAGUGGAGGGGGCCGAAGCCCCGGGAGGUGGGGUUCGAACACCGACGGCAGCGGCGCCGCUCCAUGGCCGUAGUGUAGCACCGGCCGUGAUGAAGAGAUGAGUGUUGGAGCUUCGAAUAUGGGUAUUAUAUCGUCAAAACUUGCGCCUGUGGCCAUAAGGUUGGCUUGGUUCUGUCAAAAGCUUCUCGAUCCGAGAUACAGCGUAGAGUGCAAGAAGAGCAAAGAGUGCAAGGAGGGCGUCGACGUCCGGGCGGCAGUCGAGGUCGCACCGACCUCGGUUCCGGAGCCAGAGGCAUUCGAGGCGUCGCCCACGAUCCCCAUCAGCAAGAUGUUAGACAAUAAUAAUUCGCUGCACCAAGAGAAUCGCAACCGCCGGGCAACGCAGUUAAGGUUCAGAACGCGACCUUCGAGCUUUGACGCGGCCCUCAUCGUCUGCGGUAAGGCGAAGAGUUCGCUAAUGGUCACGUCGACGCCCAGUUCAUUGCAACGCCAGAACAUGAGGAUGUGGGACGUAACCUCCUCGUCCGGCUGUUCCUCUGACUCCGGCUCAAAUUCCGAUCUGGACUCGGAGACCGAACUGAGAGUUAGCGGCAACGUAAGCAACGAGGAAAGCAGCACGAAGCUGGGCAUGACCGCGGAGGAAGAGGAGGACUUCCGAUUGACCCUGGGCCGGGGCUACUUCUCGCGGUCGAAGAAGGAUCGCUUCCUGAACCAUCUGAGGCUCGAGAAGCGGCUUAAUGACCUCAGCAACGAGUACUUCGGAGUCGUACGCAACAGCCACAGACGCAACCUUCAAAGGCGUCAUUCCGGUGACCUUCAUCGGAUUAUUUGAGAAUUGUUUUUAACCAUUUUUCCUCUUUUUUCUCUCAUUACUACUGCUGUAUUAGAUCGUUAAAAAUGAAAACGAGCGAGUGCGAGUGCGACGUGUGAUGUCACUCUUGUAGUGAUUCAGGGUAUGCAAGGACUAACGAAUAUAUGGAGGCGGGACUACGGCCCAGCCAUUUUUAAUAUCCCAAAUUGAAUGAAUAUUAUGCUCCAUUCGAGGAGUUAUUACCACUGUCACUCUUCAUUAUAAGUGAAAUUAAUGUUGUUCAAUUGGGUGAAUAUUUAAUAUUGACUCGGCUAACGACACUUCCGCUGGUUUCAAAUAAAAUUUUACGAAUAUAAUUACAAGGCAAAUUUGAAAAUGUGUUUUUACGCAUGCCUGGAUGGAUUUUCAUUGUCUGCAGAAGUUGAUUAAUUAUUUACAAUUUUCGAAGAUUUUGCUCGAGUUGGCAAAACUUAUUCUGUUAUGUUCCAGUUGCUAUUGUUAAACGAUAAAAUAACUGUAUUACGCUAAGUAAGUAAAUAUUACAACCACUCAG